CACAAAACCCUUCAUUCUCAUUCACUAUUGUCUCCAAAAAAACAACCUUUUCUGUUCAAAUCCAAACCCAGGAGAAGACCCGUCACCAUGGUCAAGUCCAAAGGAGACGUUUCUGCUGAUGGCUCGGACAGGUUAAUCUCAGCAAUUAGUUAUUUUUACCCUUUCUUCGAUGGCAUCCGGAAUCCUAACUUUAGUAGGUAUGUGAGAUUUAAUGCCAUGCAGGCUAUUGUGCUUGAUGUGCUGUUGAUUUUUCCUGAUCUUUUGGAGAGGAGUCUUAAUCCAAGAGAUGGAGUGGGUUUGGAUUUGAUGAUGAGCUUGGACAGCACUGUGUUUUUGUUCCUUUUCGUUUGUUCGAUUUAUGGGUCGUCUUCUUGCUUGUUUGGUCAGCUGUUCAGAUUGCCAAUUGUUGCUGAAGCUGCUGAUAGGCAAGCUCUUUGAUAUCCCACUUUUUUUUUUCCUGAUUUAUUAUUGUAAUUUACUUUUGAUGUUAAGUUUGAGACUCAGAAAGUGAGAAUGUUCAGCAGCACACUGAGUUAGACAAAAGAGAAGAAAGUCAUACUGUACAUGCUCUUACAUUUGUUGUACAGUUAAUUGGAAUGAAAAUCUUUAAGCUUA